AUGGCCAGAGGACAGCCUCGUUCGACACCGCCGCAAACCAACCCACCCCCCGCCGAUGUCGACAUGACGGACGUCAUAAACCCCGCUAGCCAGGAUGAGGACGUCCGCCCGGUAGACCGUACACCGACCAGUAACCCCUCGUCGACUUUGCCGCUGCUUUACGAUCUCGACGCCCUGGCCCAAAUCCCGCAGGGAGAGUUCACCAAGGACGUUCCGCCCGCGCCGAUAGGGGAGUUCACGAAACCACGCAAAACGUCGACGCCGACGGAUGCAGGGGAGGCCGGGCCGUCGUCUGUGCCGGACGGAUCGGGCGACCAGGAUGAGGACGAUUAUUCAUCGGCGAGCGACGAGGACGACGAAGACGACCCGCGGCCCCGACGUGGUGCAGGUCCGCGCACGUUGGAAGAAAAACUCAGGGGGGAACGUGCGUUCAUAGAGGAAUUGUUGGACGAGAACGAGCUUGAGGAUCUGCUGCACACGUCGGUCCCUCGAGAAAUGUGGAAGGCGGCCGACUUCGUAGAGGAAGAUAUGGUGUACGCGUGCGUCGACGUGCUCGUGAUGGAGGGAAUGCGCCACCUGAAAACCAUAGAGGUCAAGAGCACGCUCAAGUCCUACACCUCAUGGAUAUACGACUACAAAAGGUGGACGGCGAAGAUGCUUAAAAAAAUUGGCGACAAACUGCCGACAGCAGAACAAAUGAGGCACGUCGACGAGAUAGGGCACUGGACACACAACAACAAGAGCAAGGAUUGGGACAACGAGAAGGUGGUCAAGCGGAAGCACAUAUGGCUGCACGGCCCCCGGGUCACUAGUACGCGACUGCGCGCCUACAUCAAGUUCAUGAGGCGGGAGUACAGGAUCGACGCCGACACGAACGAGCCAGUGCGAGCCUACACGGUGCACAUGAUCCUCGGCCGCAUCAAGGCCUGCCAGAUGGCGGCGAGGGUGGAGGCGACGCUCUUCAAGGAGAAGGAGUUGGGCAUCAUGCGGGAAAUCUCGGUGGUCCGGUCGGAGGUGCUCACGCUGCUCUCCCACCACAGCCUCAUGCGCGGUGCAAGCAUACGCGAGAUAACGCUCCCCGACAUCUUCCUGUACCGACUGGCGAGCACCUCGUCGGUGAACCCGGAUAACCAGCCGGUCGUCAUGGUGGUCGCCGCGCGGAACUCGAAGACGUCGAAGGAUGCGCGUCUUCAACAGAGCUACGCGGCGCGGCACCUAGAAGCGGAGUUGUGCGCCGUCGGCGAGACCGGGCUGUGGUUACACUUCGUCCUCGACCAGAUCGGCCAGUUUCACGGAGUCGACCUCAUUCCGCCGGUCGACACCAGCACACGCGAGCUCUGGUACAAGAAGCACCUGUUCUUCGCCCGCAACGACCCCGAGCAGGGCGAACUCUCAGCUCCCAGCCACCAGCGAUGGACGAGGCAGAUGUGGAAGACGAACGGGGUGUUCUGCAAGCGGAACGUCCAUGCCGCUCGGGCGGGCGGGGCGCAGGAGUUGGCCAUCCAAGGUACGCCUCGCGCCGAGAUAGCCGAGCUGGGUCACUGGGCUCUCGACAAGAUGACUCGAGCCUACAUCACGUCCAUUCCCGUCGGCGUGGUGAUGAAGAAGGCCGGCUAUUCGGGAUUCACGCAGGACUACUUCUUGGGUCGCAGUAGGGUGGAACCGGGAGACGAACUCCUCGCUCUCAUCGCCGAGCACAUCUUCCCCGACGUCGACGACCUCCUCAACAAGGUUUGUUUAUCGGUGCCGACCAAUCUUGCAUGGUACUGUCCUAUCCACCAUGGAGAUAACCCCCGUCUGAUGUCUAACUGCAGGCAGAAGAACUCGCGAAGAAGGGGUCCUGACGCCGACGUUGCGGCCGUGCAUUUCUGGCGCACCCUUCUGAUGUUCCGCCGCAUUGUCGCCGAGGACCUCGCGGUGAAACUCGUCCGCACCCCUUGGCACCCGUACAUCCAGUAUUCCAAGCUCUGCCGGAUUCCCCUCUUCCAGCACUGGGCGAAGAGGGUCGAGAAGACCGACACCGACACCAUAAAAAAGCGGCAAGAUCCAACCCUCAUCCAGCCAGAGGAGAUAUCGGUCCGCCAUGACGCCCAGUUCGCGGUCGUCUCCCUCACGGAGACGCUUAAGCUCGAGAGGGAGCGGUCAACGGUCCAGAAGCUCGACCUCGAGGAGAAGAUCGAGAAUCGCGACGCAACCAUCGCGUCGCUCGCGGCCGAGAUAACACGCCUCACCGAGGCUCUCCGCGUUUCAGAAGCUCGAAGGAUGCCGGAGGCGCCGCCAGCUGCUAACGACCAGUCGCCGAGCGACGGUGGCUCCGCGGAGUCGGCAAGCAGGGGUGGAGGAGCCAACAAACCCAAUAAACCCCCACAGACGGUCGAGGAGGCUAGCUACGAGCUGAACGUAGUGCAGCCUUGGCGGACUGCAACGACCGUCAAGGACGCGUGGCGCCUCUGGACCUCGUGCACCAGCGCCGACACCCGUCGUCUGUGCGACAGGUUCAGGGAGCCGGGAUUCGUCGACCGCCACACCCUCCUCGACGGAGCCUCGCAGGGAGCACACGGGAAGAGGGUGCGCCGCAUGAUGAAGGUCAUCGAUGCGGUGCGCCAGCUUCGCAGGAGCGACGGCGAAGCCGACACGGAAGCCACCGUCGACGCGCUUAACAAGAUAGCGGCGCCUGGCAUUGGGACCUUCGCGGAUGCCCUCACGGUGCUCAACGCGGACGCCGUAGCGACCUAUGCUGGGCAGGGUAAGGGCGUCAAAGGGCUCGGCAAGACGGAAUUUUCCAAGCUUCGUGUCGCCUGUGCGUUCGUGGCGCGCGGGCUCAAGCCCGAAACGUGGGUCGCCGACCUGUUCCCGGACACCUGGGUUGAGCAGAUGAAGAAGACGUUGGCCGACCUGGCCCGCGAAAACGACGCCGGGCAGCUGCCUCCGACCAAUAAGUCGAACCAAGCGCAAGAAAACCGCUUGAAUGUUCCCAGGCCUCCUGCUACUGUGGCCUGUUGCAUGUUGUAG